CAGGAGCCCGCCCCGAGCGGCUAGAGCGGAUGGGCUGACCCGUGCUGGGCUGAGCCGAGCCGGGCCGGGCCGGGCCCAAGCGGGUUAGCCGCCCUCCUGAGGGGAAGGGAAGCAGAGCCUCUUCCGGAGGGAAAGCGGGAGGGGCAGAGCUCCCGCGAGGCGGGGCAAAGGGGGCAGCCCCCCACCUGACCACAGUGGCAGAGCCAUCCCUGAGGCAAUUGAGGAGGAUUGUCCCAAUGGUUUGGCUGAGCCAGGCCUUCCUGUCACAAAUGACCCCAGCCCCAUGUUAGCCUCCCUCUCCCACAUUCCUGGGGGUUUGUUACACUUGGGCUAAGUACAGAAACCCUGUCACCAUUCCUUGUCCCCUAUCCCUUCCGUUACUCCUGGCUCUGUGCCCCAGGAGUUCUGCGUAUACUGGGGUGGGGCAGGAAUAAUGGAUUUUCGGGGGAAGAAGUACGAGCGGGGCAGUAAUUGGUCAGACCCUGAAGUGGUGGAGCUCCUGCAGCUUUGGGCCGAUGAGUCCGUUCAGAUGGAGCUGGAGAGCUGCCUGAGAAACCAGCAUGUCUUCAACCGAAUCGCUGAGGUGUUGAGGGAGAAGGGCAUCCACCGGACUGGGGAUCAGUGCCGGGAGAAAAUAAAAAAGAUGAAACUGGAGUACCGUAGGAUCAAAGACAACAACAAGACCCCAAGGGGUGGCAGGACUUGGAAAUUCUAUGAGGUGAUGGACCGGGUGCUGACCAGCCGUCCCUCCCUCUCUUACAGUUCCUUGAGUGGCAGUGUGAUGUCUCAGCAGGCACUGCAAGGAAGCAUGGUGGAGAACUACCAUCACCACUUCACCCCCUCAGCUCUACCUUUCGGACACUCUCAGCACCCUGAGUUGAUGGAAAUCAAAUGCGAGGAGGUGGACUCCGAUGAACACUGCUUGACCCCGGAGCCUCCACUAUCCAUGUCUUACCAACAGGGCUCCCCUGAGGAGCAUGAGAUGGAGAGAGCUUUCUUGGACAGGGCCCAGAAUGACUCUCCUAUCUCCAGGGUGGAAAUUCCCAUUGAAACCAGUGUUUCACCUUCAGGUUUCAGUGAGCCCAACGUAGCGUCCUCAUCCCGGAUCCACAGUGUGGGCCCUCGGCCUGGCUUCUCCACCUUGCACCGCCUGCGGAAGAAACGGAAAGGCCAGCGAGUGAAGGACCCCCUUGAUGACCUCCUACUGAAGACUCUGACAUCGCAGCGGGCCAUGGAGGAGCGCUUUCUGCAGAUGGAGGAGCGGCGUUUGCAGCGGGAUAUGGAAGUGGAGGAACGGCGGAUGCAGCUGGAGCAGCGACGUUUUGAACUGGAGCGGGAGCAUGAGUUUCGCAUGUUCAAUGUCUUUGCUCAGAUGCUUAGCAUCUUAAAGCAGAACACAGCAGCUUCUCCUCCUUCUGCUGCACUGCCUUUCAUCCAGGUGCUGUCUGACAUCGCUGGGAUGGGAGGAGGAGGGGGCCUGCAGGAGGUGAGGGCCAUGCAGGUCGGGCGACCACUUUCUGAGAGAAGGACCGACAUGUACAGUUUCUGUAACCCUGGUGAGUUCCAGAGCAGCCCCUUCCUCUCCGCUCGAGGAAACAUUGCCAAUCUCUUUCGUGGCUCGACAGAAGAGGGAUACAAGGCCUAUCAUGCUGACAAGUACGAUGAAGACAAAAAUCCCAAUGGGAUAAUUAAUUUUGGUACCAGUGAGAAUAAACUCUGCUUUGAUCUAAUGUCUAAGCGGCUGACACAGAGUGAUAUGAACCUCAUGGAGCCUCCACUGCUGCAAUAUCCUGAUUGGAAAGGACAUAUGUUUUUACGGGAGGAAGUGGCUCGAUUUUUGACUUAUUAUUGCAAGGCUCCUGCACCUCUCAAGGCAGAAAACGUGAUUGUGUUGAAUGGUUGUGGCUCUCUGUUUUCUGCAUUAGCUACAGUUCUCUGUGAUCCAGGGGAAGCUGUACUGAUUGCUACCCCCUUUUAUGGUGGUAUCACCCAGAGUCUGUUCCUGUAUGGUAACGUCAAGCUGGUCUAUGCUUAUUUAGACAGCAAGAUCACUGGAACAAGCACCCGGCCCUUCCAGCUCACAGUGGACAAGCUAGAGAAGGCCCUACAGGAUGCCCGGUCAGAGGGUGUUGGUGUGAAAGCCUUAAUUCUCCUGAACCCCCAAAAUCCUUUAGGGGACAUCUACUCCCUGUCAGAAUUACGGGACUACCUGGAGUUUGCUAAAAGGCAUGAAUUGCAUGUAAUAGUAGAUGAGAUCUACAUGCUGUCAGUUUUUGAUGAAUCAGCCACGUUCCAUAGUGUUCUUGGCAUGGACAGAUUGCCUGAUCCACAGAGGACCCAUGUGAUGUGGGGAAUUAGCAAGGAUUUUGCUGUCUCUGGGAUUCGUUUUGGCACUUUGUAUACAGAGAACCAAGAUGUUGCCAAUGCAGUGGCCUCCUUGUGUUACUUCCAUGGAGUUUGUGGACCUGUCCAAUACAAAGUGGCACAGCUGCUCCGAGACAGAGAUUGAUCAAUCAAGUAUAUCUGCGGGCCAACCAUGCCCGUCUGAAAGCUGCCAUACCUAUGUAACAGAUGAGUUGAAGACCCUUG